UUGGACACUAGCAACGAAUUCGAAGCUUUGGCACUGAAUUUUGGUUGUGAUUCAGUGCAAUAUCCAUGUAUAAUGCACACAAGGGCAGGAAAGGCCGAAGUUCGCCUCUAUGGAAAAAUUUGUCGGGUAUUCCUCCUCAACCUAGCAGCAAGGAGUGUGGCUACUUUAUCAUGCGAUACAUGAGAGACAUCAUUGAGGAUAAGGACUUUUCAUUUGUUAACAAGUGGGAGAGGAGAAGCAACCAUAUUUAUACCCAAGUGGAUAUUGAUGAGAUGAGGAAUGAGUGGGCUAGGUUUGUGGUUAAUAGAUAUGUGUAGAAGCCAUCGCAUAUGUUUUUGGAAAGCAUGAUGAACUUUUGCUUGUGCUGAUAGAUAUCGAUCACAUGAAACAAUUAUCAGCUUUUGAUUCAUGCAUGCAUUGGUCUA